CAAAAGUGUCGAUUUUUUUUUGGUCAUUGAUGCGAGUGGUGCAUAUUGUAUCGUCCUUCUUGCUUCGAACUCCUAUAAAACCGAGACUUUCAACCGCUGUUCCUCUUUAUCAAAAAGCGUUUUACGUUCGUUCUUCUUUCCGCACCAUGGCCACUGAAGCAAACAGUAAAUUGCGACAACAGCCCAAGUGGCAUCAGCCUGCUGCUGCAGUCGACCAACCUACCCUACGCUUGCAAAACUCCAUGACAAAGACCAAGACCGACUUUAUUCCUAAGCAGGGACGACGAGUGACUUGGUAUAACUGUGGUCCUACCGUCUACGAUGCCUCGCAUAUGGGGCAUGCCAGAACCUAUCUCAGUAUGGACAUUAUCCGCCGUGUCCUGGAAGAUUAUUUCAAAUACGACGUCUUUUUUGUACAGAACAUUACCGAUAUCGAUGACAAGAUUAUUCUGCGAGCUCGCCAACAGUAUCUUUUCAAUGCUUACCAGCAGUCCGUCCAAAGCUUGAAUGCAGAGGUCAUUCAGGCUGUCGAGGAAGCGUGGACCGAGUAUGCUCACGGAAAGUUGGGCAAGCUCGAAGGUGCUUCCGAGCUUGCUACUUCUGAUUGGGCCGCUUUUGUAUUGAAGAUGACCCCUGAAGAGAUCGCCAAAGCUAUUCUGCUCGACGAAAAAUUCAAAAUGAAUUUUAGCGCAUUGCAAGUGUCUCGUGAGGCCCUUGAUCAUGCAAAGCAGCAAUUGCAAAAUGGCGAAACGUCCAAAGAAGCGGCCGAUAACCUGCUGAGAGCAUCGCAAGAUAUCGUCUCUGCUUGGUUGGAUAAGAGAAAAGGUUCCGAGGUCAACGAUCCAAAGAUUUUCCGUGAAUUACCCGCUUACUGGGAAGACAUGUAUUUCAAGGACAUGGAAGCGCUUAAUGUCCGUGCUCCCGACGUGCAAACCCGUGUCAGCGAAUAUAUCCCGGAGAUCAUUGAAUAUGUGCAAAAGAUCAUCGACAAUGGUUAUGCAUACGUAGCCGACGGAUCGGUAUACUUUGACACAAGCCGCUACGACGGGCACAACGGUCAUCAUUACGCGAAAUUGGAACCCUGGUCCAAGGGUGACACCGCCUUGAUUGAAGAUGGUGAGGGAUCCUUGGGCAGCAAGUUGCAAGGUAAAAAGAGCCCCAACGACUUUGCUUUGUGGAAGGCUUCCAAGCCCGGUGAGCCUGUGUGGGAUUCUCCAUGGAGUGCUGGACGCCCUGGCUGGCAUAUUGAGUGCUCGGUGAUGGCUAGUGCCGUCCUGGGUGACAAUAUGGAUAUUCAUUCUGGUGGUGUGGAUCUUGCUUUCCCUCAUCACGACAACGAAAUUGCUCAGUCGGAAGCUUACUAUGAUUGCCAUCAGUGGGUGAAUUACUUUUUGCACGCUGGUCACUUGCACGUCGAAGGUCAAAAGAUGAGCAAGAGCUUGAAAAACUUUAUCACCAUCCAAGAAGCUCUCAAAUUGUAUUCUCCCCGUCAACUUCGUCUGUUUUUCCUUUUACAUCAGUGGGAUGCCAAGAUGGAUUUCAAGCAAUCCAGCAUGCAGGAAACGAUCCAGAAUGAAAAUACAAUGAAGAACUUUUUCGAUAAUGUCAAAGCUCUGAGCCACCGCAUCAAGAGCGACGGUUCUCGUGGUGCUACCGAGUUGCCUAAUGGUGGUAUCACUCACCGUUACGGAGAUGCAGAGAAGCAAUUGUCCGCUCUUCUUCAAGAGAAGCAAGAUCGUGUUCAUGCUGCUCUUUGCGACUCUAUCAAUACGCCUGUUGCUAUGGAUGAAAUUAUGGAUCUUAUUACCCAAACCAACAAAUACAUGGCCAACGGGGCCAAGGCCGUCAAUGUUCACUUGUUGGGCAAGGUCGGCAAAUGGAUCACCUCUAUGAUGAAGAUCUUUGGUGUGGCGGAUUCCGGUGCUGAUAUCGGUUUUGGUUCCACCAAUCAAGCGGGUGGCAAUGUGGAAGAAAUCCUGAUGCCCUAUCUUUCAGCGUUAUCCGGUUUCAGAGAUCAAGUACGAGGCAUUGCUCGUUCCAAGGCUCCGCAUACCGACUUUUUGAAGGCUUGCGAUAAUCUGCGAGAUGUGACAAUGGUGGAUCUUGGAGUGUCUUUGGACGAUCAGGAAGAUGGGACUGCAUUAGUAAAGCUUGUGGACCGCGAAGAAUUAAUCAAAGCGCGUGAGAAGAAGCUCGCGUUGCAAGCAGAGAAAGAAGCAAGCAAAGCCAAGGCGGCGGCGGAACGAGAACGCAAGCGAUUGGAACGCUUACAAAAGGGCAAAUUACCGCCUCAAGAAAUGUUCAAGAGCUCCGAUGAGUUCUCCAAGUUUGAUGAUAAUGGUUUUCCCACCCACACCAAGGACGGCGAAGAAGUCACCAAGAGCAGAAAAAAGAAACUCCAAAAGGAAUGGGAUGCACAAAAGAAAUUGCACGAAGAGUAUGUGAAGGAGUUUGGAUCUACCGCAUAGAUACAUCAUCAUAAUAAAUCAG